AUGCCGAAAACGACAGACAUGGCGGGAGUCGAGCGCACUCGACCCCUCUACCAGAUCGUCAACAAUGACAAGAAGAGGGUGGCCUAUUUCUACGACUCUGACAUCGGCAAUUAUGCCUACGUGACUGGCCACCCAAUGAAGCCUCACCGGAUUCGCCUCGCCCACAGCUUGGUCAUGAAUUACAAUGUCUACAAGUUCCUCGAGAUUUACCGUGCAAAGCCUGCAGUCACAUCAGAAAUGACGCAGUUUCACACUGACGAGUACAUCGAAUUCCUGCAGAAGGUCACGCCUGACAACAUGGACUCCUUUAUGAGAGAGCAGGGCAAGUACAAUGUCGGCGACGACUGUCCGGUCUUCGAUGGUCUGUUCGAGUUCUGUGGCAUCAGCGCCGGCGGUAGCAUGGAGGGCGCGGCACGCCUCAACCGCGAGAAGUGCGAUAUUGCCAUCAAUUGGGCCGGUGGCCUGCACCACGCCAAGAAGAGCGAGGCCAGCGGUUUUUGCUACGUCAAUGACAUUGUGCUCGCGAUUCUCGAGCUCCUGCGCUUCAACAAGCGCGUUCUGUACAUCGACAUCGACGUUCACCACGGCGACGGCGUCGAAGAAGCGUUCUACACCACGGACCGAGUGAUGACCGUGUCUUUUCAUAAGUACGGCGAGUACUUUCCAGGCACCGGCGAGCUUCGGGACAUUGGCAUCGGCAACGGGAAAUACUAUGCCGUCAACUUCCCUCUGCGCGACGGCAUCGAUGACAAGACCUACGAGACCAUCUUCGAGCCCGUCAUUGCGGCUGUCAUGAAGUACUACCAGCCUGAGGCGGUUGUCCUUCAGUGUGGUGGCGACAGUCUCUCCGGCGACCGCUUGGGUUGCUUCAACCUGAGCAUGCGCGGCCAUGCCAAUUGCGUCAACUAUGUCCGCAGUUUCGGUUUGCCCACCCUGGUUCUUGGUGGCGGUGGUUACACCAUGCGCAAUGUUGCACGCACCUGGGCCUACGAGACCGGCCGAUUGGUGGGUGUUGAGAUGGAUUCGGUCUUGCCGUAUAACGAGUACUAUGAUUAUUAUGGCCCGGACUACGAGCUGGAUGUGCGCGCUUCAAACAUGGAGAACGCCAAUAGCAACGAGUACCUGGAGAAGAUCAAGAUUGCCGUCAUUGAGAAUUUGAAGAGGACCACCCAUGUUCCCUCCGUUCAGAUGCAAGACGUUCCGCGUCAAAGCAUGGGCAUGUCGGAUGAUCAAGAGGCUGAACUGGACGAUCAGGAUGAGGACGAGAACAAGGACGUCCGCCUGACGCAGCGCCAGUGGGAGAAGCGUGUCGAGCGCCAGGACGAAUACGAGGAGUCAGAUGACGAGGACAUGGCCCGUGCCAAUGGCGUCUUCAAGUCCAACGGCCGUUCUCGCCAGGAGACCAACUUACGCCAUGCCGCCAAGGACGAUGAUACGAUGGAGGUUGACAGCGGAGCAGCUACUCCCCUCGAGCCUGCUCCCGAUACCGCCCCCGAUAACGAUGACACCAUGAUCGAGGAGGCCUUGGCCGAGGUGCUGGCUGAGGUCGGCCAAGCUAACGCCGAAAACGGUGCCGCUGCCGAACAGCCUGCUGGGGGCGACAAUACGAAGGUCGAUGGUGACGGAGAUGUCGAUAUGGCCGAGGCCUCUGCUGUCGAAGACAAGGCUCCCGAGGCGGUCAUUAAGAAGGAGGACCUCGAGGGCAUCUCAGCUGCGGAGUUUGAGCCCAGCAACGCCUCUGCCCCCGAUAGCGCAAACGUAGCCGACAAUGCCCGCGAUGGCCCGGCCACCAAGCAGCGAGCCUCUGACUCUCCGGCUGUUGCCGAUGCGGAUGCCAAGCUCUCUGAAGAUGGUCCUGCCGCUGACACUGACAAGGGCACUACGGCCGCCGACAAGACGACUGGUGACGAAGAGGCCAAGGCAUAA